GCUGCUAAGACCGGUCGCCAUGAUUCUUCUGCAGAUGUUUUCACGCUAAGCUAACGGCCUGAAGCUCUGCACUUAAACCUUUUCCAAUGCACUCACUGACGUUAUAGGGAUACCAAAAGUAUCCAAGAUAACAUACAGUCUUGUGUUAUGGCGACCAAUGCCGGUGAUGAUGAGUUUGAUGAAUAUGAUAAGCCUGGUGCUGAAAGGUCAAGAAGACGAAGAGGAGAAGAUGAUGAUGACUUGGAGAGUGAUUUGGAGGAAGACUUACUUGAAGAAGAUUGGCUGUCAUCAAAAAAGAACCCAUCAGAACUGUCAGAUGAGGAGCUGAACGAUGACCUCUUGCAAAGUGAUGAAGAGGACCAAAAUGCAAGUGGACAGGGUGAAGUUUUGAGUUUAAAUGCGACCCUGGGUCUGGAUACCUCAGGUCACCUUCAGGAUGAAGACCCCAAAGGGGGCCAAUAUACAGAAGAGGCCUAUGAAGAGACAGAGGCAGGACAAGAGGGUUUUGCUCAUGAUGGCCAGUAUGAAGGUGUGGAGUACCAAGGAGCAGAUGAAGGGGUGGAAUACACAGGAGAGCAGAAUUAUGAUGGAUAUCAAGAUGAAGUGCUGGACCUACAGAUCGAUGAGCCACUGGAUGAUGAUUUUCAAGUGGAUGACUAUCUGGCUGACUAUAGUGAAGUGCAGCAGGAAGAACAGACUGACCAACAUGAAGUUGCUGAGGAACAUGAGGAAACUGAGGAUAGCUCUCAGGUCACAGAAUUAGAAGAGGCAGAGAAUGACCCUGAAGCUGAGCCUGACCAGGACAUGGAUGUGAAAGAGGAGUCUGAUGAGGAAGAGGAAGAUGUUGAAGAAUCGGGCCGUCUGCGAUUUAAGACCGAGCGUACAGAUGCCACUGUGGUCAGGCUGUCGGAUGCCACCAGUAAAAGAAGGAACAUCCCAGAGACAUUAGAGCUCUCUGAGGAAGCUAAAGCAGACCUGCAACAGUUUGAAGAAAAAGAACGUCAGAGGAAGCAGGGCUGUUUUGGAGGGCGAGGGAGAGGCGGGCCACGGACAAAUGGAGGGAGAGGAGGAUUGGCUGGUAGAGGAUGGGUGAGGGGAAGAGGAGGAAGAGGAGGCGGUGGAAGAUGCGAAUUCCCUCCGUUUGGAAUGGGGAAUUUACGUGGAGAUGGAGUCGGAGGGCGGGGGAGAAUAAAUGAGCAAAGGCCUCCACUGAUGCAAAUGAACUUGGGGAUGCAGCAGCUCAGAAUGACUUCUCCACUCCAGCAUCAUCAUCAGUCUCGUCUGCAAGACCAGAGAGGUGCUGGAGGUCCAGGGCUUUUUCCAGAACCGGGUGCCCCAAUCUCUCAGCAGCCACUGCAGCUGUUGAUGCCACACCUGGCCCACCGUUCACCUGGGCCUUCUCCCAGAGCACAACACGGCACGCACGGGCUGCGCAUGUUGAGCUCACCGCCACGGCACGCACCCCCACACCCCAGCCAGCACCAGCAGCAUCAACAGCACCACCCUAAGAACAUUCACAUCAACCCUCACUUCAGAGGACCCUCCUCCUCACCUGUGCAAGUUUCCUCGAUGCCUCCUGUGCAACCAAGGCCUAACAUCACUCCACAGAGACUCCCGGCUCCUCCUGAUUUUCAGCAACAUCUCCAUGAGAAUUUUGGCCCACCUCAACGGCCCCUGCCCCCCCAGGAGCAAUGGAGAGGACCACCACCUCGUCACCAGGAUCGAGAGCACUUCUUCACUGGCGAACCACAUUUUCCAGGCCAGCACCUGUUUGACCAGACAGGCCCUCCCCCUCUCAUGAAUAACAGUGUUCUUCCUAUGUCGGGACAAGGCCCUCCGCCUUUUCCCCCACAAGGGGGGCUCGGAGGUUCUGGAUUUGGUUCUUUGGGACUUGGGCAGAGCCAAGGGCCUCAGGGAGGAGGUGUUUUCCAGAGAGAGCCCCCACGACCGAGCAUGGCCCCACUGCAUGCCGGUCCUCCAGGACCCCCAGGUCCCUGUGGCUUUGUGGGUCACAGACAACCCUUCUCUCCCCAGCAGCAGGGACCCCCAUUUAGCUCCCAGAACAUGCCGUUUGGUAUGCAGGUACGCCAGAGAGGUCUAAUGCAACAGCACUCUCAACCCCUGCACCAUGAUCCUCCACUUUCCCAUCUGCCCUUACACCAGCAGCAGCACGAGCAACACAGGCAGGACUUGCCACCCCAGGGCCUGCCUCACUCCCAGCCACUGCCCCAACACCAUCAGCACCACCAACACCACCCAAGGGACCAACAUCCCACUAUGCACCUCUCCCAGCCUCAUUUCCGCCAACCCUUUCAAAUUGGGCAUAGACCGAUGCAGUCCCGCCAACAGGGCAUCCAGCAACGAAACAACCCUCCCAGACCUAGAAUGACAUCUCCUUCUCCCCUACAGCAGAUCCCUCCUCAGCGCAACAGCAACCUUCGUGAGCUGCCCAUUGCUACUGGCAACAACAAUAUCAGUGCGUCAGUGCCUGGUGGGCAAACAAAGCCAGUUACCAGGGCAAUACAGAAUGCUAAACCAGGGCAGCCUGCUCGUGCUGGACCAGCUGGAAGAGGAGGACCUGUGGCACAAAGGCAGGGCGCUGCCAAAGUACUGCAGCAGCCCAGUGCACCUCAAAUGAAGAAAGAGCAGCCAGCUGCACAGUCAAGCACCACUCCAGAGGACCCAGAUGAAGAUGAGGAGACACGGCAGUACAGGCUGAAGAUCGAAGAACAGAAGCGUUUGCGGGAAGAGAUCCUCAAGCGCAAAGAGAUAAGCAGGCAGCUCCAGGCUGGUGUGCGCAAAAAAGAACUGAUGGAAAGAAUCAGUGGCCAGAGCAAAAACCAGGCCUCACAAACACCAAAUCCCACACAGCCCCCUGUAGCCCAACGUUCAUCCCAACCCCCCCAACAGGUGCCUUCACUGGUAUCUAAUGGUACAACCCAGAACCCUGCUUCAGGUCUUAGCACACCUCAUCAGAAUGUUAAAACUCGUCUUCAGAACACUAAACCUCAGACACUGGCUUUAGGCUGGUCUGGGGCACAGCCACAAGGCCAACGGCAGCUACAGCAGAAGAGGAACAUGAAUCCACAGAACGCUCAAGGACCGGGCACAAUUCAGAGUAAUCCAGCAGGAGGGCACAGCCUGGGUCAGCCUCAGUCCGGGGGAAAAAGGACAGUGAUGCAGCGAACAAACAGCUUGGAAUCACCUCAGGUUCCACAGAAAGUGCGAGUGGUUAAGCUUUCGGGGGAGGCAGAUGCUGGUCCCAACACUGGUGCCCCACCUCAGCCACAACAUCAGCAGCAGUCAAUUGGUCGGCCUGCCCCCCAACAGAGGCUUGGUCCCAUCAGGAAAGUUACCAUGACAACUGGCGCAGUACAAAAUCAACAGGCUGGCCGUGGCAUGGCAAACCAAACAAACAGGGUUUUCGCCACCUCCUUUCCCUUUUACCCCAUUGCAUUUGUGCUGAAAACCCGGGAAGGAGGAGUGAUGCGCCGUAGUAGAGUCCUCGUCACUAACAUCCACCCCAAAGGAGCAGCCGCGGCCAUCCGCCAGGGGACUGAGGAGCCCGGUCGCCUGAAAGCGGAGGAACGACCGCCGACCGCGAGGGGAGGAGGGGCUCCCUACCGGCUGCUAAAACGGGGCGGGGUCAAAGAUAAUACCACCAUCCGCGAGCGGGGAGGGGCUCACUGCCGACCGUCUGGAAUUCAGUGUACUUAUUCAACACAAUCAUACAUAUUAAUUUUUCAGAAAACAAAGAAUCAACUAAAUGAUUGGCUUGUAACCCUUCUCAGUGGAAGGAGGCGGCGAGAAGCAGAUUUCCUGGUUCAGGUGGUAGUUCGGGGACGAGGGCGUGGAGGGGGACGUGCAAUGAUGCAACAGAACCCAAGAGCUCAGGAUGGUCAGCGCACCAGCGUCUGCAUUGAGGGUUUGUCCACCACCACCACCGACAAACAGCUCAUGAGCCUGCUCAACUCAAUUGGUCCUAUUGAGAUGUUUACAAUGUUUCCCGAGCAGCAGAAGGCCAUUGCCAAGUUUGUGAACCCGCAGCAUGCUGAGAGUUUUCAGCACAGCUUUCACAGGCACAUGAUAGAUUUGUCUCACAUCGAUGUUUCCAUCAUUGAUGGCUGAGGAACAAGUCAGUUCAGUUGAAGAGAAGAAAAGACAAGUGAGCAAGAAGCUUUUCUGAAUGAUGGAUGGUCAAGCAGGAGGCCGAAGCUGUGAGGAAAGUGCUGUCAACAAACUCAAGCCACUUGCAUGACAAAACCAAAAACAAAGAGCCUAAACACUUGUAGUGUCCUGCUGAACAUGGCAGCAGCAGAACUAAUGUUGAGAAUGACUUAAGCAUGACGUCUCGCUCUUGUUUCUGUAUCUUCAUUUGUAUUGGGAAAUUAGUACAUAGAUGGGGGAAAACUCUUGCCGGUAUGAACCAACAAGUGAAAAGAGACACAAGGUAUGAAGCCAAGACUUUUUACAUGACAGCUGAUAAUAGUUGCUCCCAUCCUGUUGCUUGUAAGACAAACAAUAACUAUUUUAAAUGGCUUAUUAUAGUCAAGUGAUAUAGGAAUGCUUGCUUGCUUUGGAUUUUCCUAAGUCACUAACAAAGUGGCCCCUUGAAUGAAAAUGUUUGGUACUCUGCAGUUGUUUUGAGCCACCUGUAGAGGGCAGCAUUUGAAUGCAAAUCUUCUCUUUAUUGCGCUCUUUGGAUUGGGGCAUUUGGACAUCACAGUGAAAAGCACUGCUUUGCUAUGCAGAGAAAUUGAAGUGAGCCUGUUGUUGGACUUCAGGGUCACGGUUGGUGGAGGUUUUGGAAGCCACUGAGAUUGCAAGCCUCUCAUGUUUGUGCAUUUGUUUCAUGACUGUUAAUGUUAAGUUUAUUCAUUUUCUAUUUCACCACUAUAUGUCUCUUUCAGCUUUGCUUCAGGUUGGUUUUUGUUCUGCGGAGCUGGAGUGGUGUUGCAUGGCUUGUGAGUCUUUUUGGCCUAGUGACAUGAUCUUUUCAGUGUUCAAAAUUAUUUGACAGUAAAUAGCUUUUAUACUUUGAUUUUAAGUUUAGGUGCUAGAGUGGCAUAUUUUGAUUGUUUUAAUUGUUGACAAUGGCUUCUAAGAAAGUAUUAAAGGCUGGGGACAGUCAUAAAGCAUUUCAUGCCCCCUCCUCCCUUUUUAAAGUUGUUUUUUGUUUUUUGUUUUCCUCAAUGUUUGGCACAUAUUGUGCAUGAAAGAGGAUGAUCGAAUCAUGGCCCAUAUAAUGAUUUCGUAGGAUUUUAUUGUGAUGCUCUGCUUACACAAUCUGGAUGGUCUAGAGCACUAGAUGCUUUUGUGAAUUCUUCUUGUGACUAUUCUGUUACAAAAGUGACUUUUGGUUAUUUGGGCUAUUUAUAAUGAGUGUAUGGUUAGAAAUUUGUCUCUAAUCAGGUGGUUAGUCGUAGUUUUGAGGUUUGUCAGAUGGGGUAAAACCUGUUACUAACUGAAUUGUGAAUAGUUAAAGUAAAUACCCAUCAUCAACUGACAGGUGACCUUUAAGAACCCUUAAUCUUAAAAUAUGUUAUAAGACUUUUGUCAAAUUUGUUAGAUUUUUUGGAAGACGGAUUUUUUUGCAGAAAUCUCGCUCAUAAAUUGUCAGUCUCCAGUUAACAUAUAGCAUCAUAAUAAUAAUAAGCACUCACUCAGGAUCUCCUCACUUGAAUUUUGAUUUAUUAUUAUUAUUAUUAUUAUUAUUAUUAUUAUUAUAAUUGAUAGUCCAUCUGUAGUGUAAGCAAUCUGCUUAAUCUUUUCUAACUAUACAGCUUAACUUAAACUUUCACACAGUAUGACCCCACAACUGACCUUCGUUGUAGUGCAUUGUAGUGUUCAUAUUUGUGAUAAAAUGUAAGUGGUCGGGUUGAAUUUAUUAAGAUAACGCUAAGUUACUUGUGUACCAAAAACCAAAUCUUGUUACUGUAUAUUAUCUAGAAUAUCUAGAUAAGUCUGUAAUACAUUUGAGCAACCUCAAAGAGACCAAGACAGAAUAAGGGUUCUUGUAGCUAUUAGUACAUGCUACAAUUUCACAGGAUUUUGGAGCAACUAUUAUCAGUGGUCACUUUCUUGUAUAUAAUGAGGGAAAAAAUGUUUGUAUGAAGCUGUCUAUUGUUUUCUCAUCUUGAAAUCUUUUCAUGUUUUGAAAAUGGUUUGAAAAAACCUACUGGUAUGUGACAGGUGAAUAUCUUUUCUCAGUUUGUUUUUAUAAAAAAAAUAUAGAAGAAGAAAAAACUAUUCCUUGGUCAUUUUACAACAGUUUUGUUAUUGGAAAACUUAGAGCUUAUUAUUUGAGGACAUUUUAAAGAUGAAAAAUAAAAGAUGGUCACGUAUAUACCAUGUAAACACGGGUAUGUGAAGCCAACUAACUUUAUCACCCUUAACUGUUGUCUGAUGUUGAUUUGUGUUUAAAGAUUCCCUCUUGCAUUUUAAAGUGCUUUUUAUUAUCCAAACACAACAUUCUUAUUUAUCUCAUUUUCCAUCCUCCUAAGUGUUUCUUAAUAAUAUAAAAAAUGGAUUUUACUGGGGAAAUGACAAUGUUCUUAGUAAGGUGCAACAUUUGAUCUCAAGUCAGGUGAAGUCUAAUGUUUUGGUGCUGAUGAUCAGACAAAAUAGCCCAAGGUUUUGGCCACACUGAUUGUAUUCAUUUCGUAAAGCUGCUACCUUUAACCUCCCGCUUGGUUUAAGAAGUACUUUUAAUUUGCUAACAUACCCUCUUCUAUUAUAUUAUAGUUGUCGGGAAUGGUUAAUCUCAAAGCCCUUUUUGUCUUUUUGUUUCUUUUAAUAAUUUGCGAUUUGAGUUUUCAAGGAAUCAUAGAAAAUAUACAUAAUGGGUAAGAUUGUGAAUAAUGUUAAAGCAAAGUGUAUAGAUCCACUUAAAAACUAUUCUUUUUCUUUUUAACUUUUGAUUUUGUUCAUCUUGUUAGUUUUUCUAGUUCUGCUGCCAAUUUAAAUGGUGCAUAAGGCACAGUUGAUGUGUUUGCCCAGUUGCAAACAAAAUUUAUCCAGUUUAUUGGAUUGUUUAAAAUGUAUAUAAUAUAUAUAUAUAUAUAUAUAUAUAUAUAU